CAUCACCUUGCACCAACCAUGUUGACGACAUUCGCCGGAACCUUAAGCUGCCCGGUAGCGAUCGGGCAUAUCUUUCACAUACGCGCUAAAUCCAUUGACGACGCUGAAAGGCUCGAUAUUGGGUUUCAAGCAGACAAGACAAACGAUUCGGACGCUCUGUUGCAUCUUUCCAUACGGUACGAAGAUCAACGGAUAGUACGUAAUGCUCGGUUGGGCGGACAGUGGCAACAACCCGAACAACACAGCGAUCCAUCGUCGAAAGUGCUUCAACGGAUUGUAACUGGUGCGACAUUUUGUUUUUUUCAUAUGUGUGCGGGUGAUCUUAAACUAAUUGCCAACAUUUCCCCCCUCCCUCCACAUCCACCAGGUAAGGUGUUCACCGUGUACAUACUCGUCGGAGACCAGCAGUUCCACAUCGCUUUCGAGGGCAGCCAUGUUUGCUCCUUCCCGAUCAAAGGCCCGUUGGCUGAAGUGAAAUCUAUCACAAUCACGAAAGACGUCCAUCAGGUACUGUGCGUAGACCAUCGGCAGUCCUUCCCGUUCCCAUUUCCGGCACUGCAGAGCGAGGAUAGUUCGUACUACUUUUCCAACGAUGUUCCCAAACCAUUCCUGCCAGGACACAUCAUCAUACUAACUGCUAUCCCGUUCGGGAAUCCACGCGGUGGCUUCAUCCUGAAGUUUAAUGAGAAUGGAAGCAAAAAGCAAGCGCUACACUUCAAUCCACGCUUUGAUCCGCACUACGUGGUCGUCCGGAACUCGCACGCAUCUGACGCACUUGACUUCCGACAGGAGGAACGAUCCGGCGGAUUUCCCUUCAUUAUCGAUCAGCAGUUCAAGCUGGCUAUCGGGCUAGCGGAGCAAGAGUUCAAGUUUGCCAUCAACGGUAGCAAGUUUGAGACGUAUACCUACAAAAACAACCGUCAACUGGAUGUCCUCAAUGGGUUCCGCAUUGAGUGUACGAAUGGUUUACAGCUUGAGGUUACCGCUGUCGACCAUUACUAUUCCGGGGUGCCCAACUGUGACGGGUUUGAGGAAUACUCCGAUCCGGACGUGGACAUUAUGUAGUGUAAGUUACGCUUGGUGAAGUUAGUUACUUCGUACCGGGUACGAUAGCUUUAGCUUAUCGAGCUUGAGGCGUGAAAAAUACUGACUGUCAUACCUAUACCUUUUUUUCAUACAAAGAGAUACUGUAAGCAUGCGCCUGCGUUGCGAUUAAAUCAGACAUCAGUACGUCAUGCACCAAAUUCACAUAUAAUACAAAUUUGGAAAAUAUACAUCCACAAUGUGACAAACA